GUGGAUGGUGACUAUGUAGUGUAUGAGAACAGGAUGACGUCUUCAUAUGAAGUUGGUGUGGGCCCCUUGGGGUCCAUCACAAGGGACUCCCUCUACGAGCUGCUCUUCCAGUGUAGGUAUUGGGGUGCUGAGGUUGCUUCCCUGGUGGCCGCUGUGAAUACAGUUCCACCACCUCUGCCAGUAGCUGCUCCAGGGCCUCUGCGGGUGGAGCUGAGGCUGGCAAAUGGCCAGUGUUACACUAAAGGGUGUGAUGAAGGAGCUGCUGCAUAUACCUCCUACUACCAGGACAGCGACUACCCUGUGACCAAGGUCUUGCGGCAGCCUGUAUACGUUGAGGUUCGCAUCCUGAAUAGGACAGACCCCAACCUUGUCCUGGUUCUGGAGAACUGCUGGGCAACACCUGGCCUUGACCCUCUGAGCCUGCCUCAGUGGAGCCUCUUGGUUGAUGGGUGCCCCUACCAAGGUGACAAGUACCAGACCACCUUGGUUCCUGUGGAUGCUUCCUCUGGGCUUCCCUUCCCAACCCACUACAAGCGCUUCAUUGUGAAGAUGUUCGCAUUUGUGGACCCAGCCUCCCAGCGACGUUAUCAGGGCAAGGGGUUCAUCCACUGCAGUGUAGCUGUGUGCCGCCCAUCGGCCACUGACAGCUGUGAGCAGAGGUGCUUCAGGAAAGGUAGGGAUGUUGCUGCUGCACACAAGAGCUCCUCCCCUGACACGGCUGUGGUGUCCAGUGGGGAAAUGCAUCUGGUGGCCCCCAGAGUCGGACACAUGGCUGGCCGGUGGUGAUGGAAAGCUGCUCCUAGUGGGUGAAUGUGUUCUCACAGCUGCUGUGGGCUUGUGCCUUAAUAAAAGGUGCUGACUUUA